GAAGCAUGGACAGCCAUUAUCCUCCCAUUGGGAUCACCGAAGAGAAGGUUUUGUACUGGGAAUGGCAGUGGCUCUGAUGGUUUUUAUAUUGUUCCAGUGGAUGAAGAAUAGAAAAACACAAGGAAAGAAGUCUCGAGGCCUGCGGAACACGUGUCUCGGCCUGAUAUUUCUGUGUGCAGUUGUUGGAGGUCUGUUUUACACUGGUAAAUUACCACAGGAGCUGUCAGGCUUGCCAGAAAGUAUUGCAGCAUACUGGCAGUUGAAAAGUUUGACAGAUUAUUUUGAAAAUUUCAGAGGUAUUCAGUCUGGAGAAGGUGUGCCCUCCUGGUUACUGCCAGCUGGAAUGGGAUUUGCAGUGAGCCUUGUCUUUACCGCAGUUUCUUCCCUUUUGGUUUGCCUGUGCUGUUUAGGAAAGACACAACGAGUCAAGGAAAACCAAAUGGGCCAAAAGACUGAAGUGAAUGACACUGCCAAAAAAGACCAAAAGGGCCAAGAGUUUCAAACAACACCUAAGAGGCACAAAAGGCACAACAUGGAUGAAGUAGACAACACUGAGCAAAAAAAGAAAAUAGCGGCGCUUGAACAAUGGAAUAAAGAGCUGCGUGAUGAGAUCAGCAGAGCAAACCUUGUCAUAGAAAAUUUGAAAGAAAAGCAAGAGGAGCUCUGUUUCCAUCAGAUACAACGUUUUGAAGGUUUUCCAGGUUUGUUUCAGAUAAAACAUUUGGAAGAUUUCCUUCAUGUGCAUAUUUUUGAAGUGAUAAUGACCCUGGAUGAGGACACAAUGAACCCCUACCUGAGGGUGUCAGAAGAUGGCAGAGAACUGAGGUGGACAGAGCAGCGCCAGAAUCUCCCUGACAAUCCUGAGCGGUUUGAUGAAUACCCCUGUAUGCUGGGCAACAGGUUACCAGCAGAGAUGAGAUGGGGGUGUUACUGGGAGGUGGAGGUUGGAAACAAGAAGUCCUGGGAGCUGGGAGUGGCCCGAGACUCAGUGUGCAGGAAGGGGCAACUGAGUCUGAGCCCUGGAGCUGGGUUUUGGGUCCUGAGUCUUUGGGAUGAGAAGCUGACGGCCCUGACUGACCCUGAGACAUCACUGAACACAGAAGUUCCCAGAAGAGUUGGGAUCUAUGUGAACUAUAAGGAGAAGAAAGUACACUUCUACAAUGCUGAUGUUGCUAAAGAUUCCAACAAAAGUGAAAAAUACACCCUCAUCCAUACUUUCAGAGAGGAAAUUGACAGGACUGUCCGUCCUUUCUUCUCCCCUGGGAACAGCGAUCUGGACCCUCUGAUCAUAACUCAGGAUCAUUAACAGGAGUUUAACUGCCCUUGAAUAAUAUCCUGCUAAAGUAAAUCUUAAAACUCAAUGUACUACGAUCUAUGUACAAGUCGUGUUGACCGUUUUGGAUAUCUUUUAUUAUCAUCACUUUUAAUUGAACUCCUUAAAAAUUUACCCUUAACAAAUAAGUUGCAGUUGUCCAAGAAACUUUUGGAAACUUCAAAGUGAUAAGGGUCAAACUGAAACUGUGUAUAUACAAAUUGUUUCAUUUUACAUGUUUUUGCAGCUGCGUUAAAAUUAUAAAAACGAUUUUAUAUAAAAAACUACUAUUUUGA